CUCUCCCCCAUAGGUGUGUCCACUGUGCAGACUGUGCCCCUAGUUUUCUGUGUGUGUGUAUGUGGAGAUCUGGUGUGAGGCACUGCCAUGGGCCUUGAGGCUGUUCUUUUUGGAUUUGUGUGUUUAAUAGAGCAGAGGAUCUGGGCACACUCUGGUCCAUUGCCCCAGGCUUCUAUUUGGGCAGUUCCAGGAGCUGUGGUGUCCACAGGCAGUGCUGUGACCAUCUGCUGCAGGACCCCUCCAGGAGUGAGCAAAGUGUAUCUGGUCCAUUCUGAUUCUCAUAGAGAGUGCCAUGAUUUUACUAUGCAGGGAGCCCAGGAGGUUUUUGAGUUCAGUCUGCAGAAUGUGGCUCAUGUCAAUGUAGGGGAUUACUACUGUGACUACCACAAGGAAGACGGAUUGCCUGCACGUAGUGAGAAACUGGAGCUGGUGGUGACAGGUGUUUACCAUGAAAAGCCAUUGCUUACUGUUGAUUCAGAACCCCAGGGACUCUCAGAAAGAAAUGUGACUCUCCUCUGUCAUCCACCUACUUUCUUUGACACCUUCAUCUUCUGCAGAGAUGGAAAUGCUUCCUUUCCCCAGAACUGCUUAUGUCAGGACUCCAACACAUUUCCUAUCUCUCCUGGGAGCUCAAGGCACAGGAGUACCUAUAGAUGCUUUGGCUCUUACAGAGACAACCCUAACCUGUGGUCACUGCCUAGUGACCCUCUUGAGCUCUCUUUCUCAGAUUCACUAGGUCUUUCUGUGGUUUGGGGCUCAGUUGCUGCUGUCUGCUUCCUCCUCUUCCUUAUUCUCCUCUUCAUCUGUCUCUGCCACCACUGGGCCAAAUGCAGGACCACCAAUGGCAAGACCAGGAGCCAGGUGAAAUAUAAGAGCUCCAGCCCAGCCCUGGACAUUGAAGAAAACAAUAAAUAUGAUGACUUGGAGGGCAUUCAACCUGAGAACAGCAGCCAGGUGGACACACAGGUGUCUGCAGCAGAAGACUCACAGGAGGUGACUUAUGCCCAGCUAUGCCGAGAGAUCUUCCCAGAGAGGAUGGAUUCACAUCCCUCCAGUAGUUUUCAGGACAUGUCUACACAGACCUGUGUAUAUGCUGCCCUCACAUUAUCCCAAGAGGAAGUUCAGAGCUAGCAGUGAGUUGUGCAGGUGCUUCUUCAGCAGGGGGAGGCUCCAAGAACAACACUUUUCAUGUUCUUCAACUCAAGCCAUUAGCCUGGAAUGCCAAUGGACUCAAGUGUAGAGAUGCUUGUUCACUGUGAAGGGACUCUGGAGCUCAUAAACAUCUUUCAGGAAACUUCUGAUUCCUUGUGAUUUGCUCACUCACCUACUCACUAGUGUACAUGUCAGAUGUGUGCUUUCCUUGGGUUCAUGUUAACUUUGUAAGCCAUGGUUUAUAUCAUUUAGUGAAAGAAAUGCUGCACAGGCUAGACCCCUGGUGAUUAGUGAUGCAGAACACAUCAACCUUGACUGUCAGGUUGAUGGACUUUAGAAGCAUCCAGGAGACAUAGCUCUAGUUAUGUCUGUCAGAGCUCUUCCAGAGAUGGAAAGACAUACUUUGAAUAUAGGUGAUAUUAUUUCAUGGUUCAAAGUCUUAGAUUGACUAUAAAGGAAAAAUUAAGUGUAACAUCAUUACUCAUUGAUCUUUCUCUGCUUCCAAACUGUACACACAGAAUGAUCUGAUGUAUUGUGCUCCUGCCACUACUUCUUGAGGCAUUUCAUCUACUGUAUUCUCACUUCCAUGAUAGACUACACCUUCAAACUACAUCAAAACAAACCCUUGGUGAUGGUUACUUUCAAUUGUCAACUUGGUGAUGAGAGACCAAAGAUUUAAAAAUUAGAUUUUUGGGGUAUUUGUUUAAAGUUUAAAUCAUAAGUCUGAACAAAGGCCAGCCAGGUGUAGACAUGUCCAGCCACCUGGGUAAAGGACCUAGCUUUACUGCAUUCUUUUCCUACCCACUAGAGAUACAGUUGUUAGAAAACUGGCCCAGAUGGCCACGCCAGAACCGCUUAUGGUCUUGGUGCCUAAAGUAAAAGUCAAUUUCCCUUACCCAAUCAUGUACCUAAGGCAUGUAACUCUCUGUUUGCGUUUUUUUUCCUUUAAACCUUGUUCCCCUAGACCACGGAGCCACAUUCUUUUCCUGCUUCUGCAGGAAGUUUUUGCAACCCGUGGCUCAAAUAUUUAUACAAUAAACCCUCGUGUAUUUGCAGUGGA